CUAGAAGAUUAACGCAUUAUUCCUGAAAACCAAUGUUGUCAGAACCGAACCGGAGCAUGACCCGGUAAUGUGAACGCUCGCACUUUAGCGGUCCAAUCGGCAUUAGACCGUUUAAAAACCGUUAGAGAACCGGUAUCUAAUAAACGUUAUCAGUAUAAAUAGUGGACAUUUCUUAAUCAGAGCUCAUCUCUUUCCUUCGAAAUUGUGAAAUGGAAAUAAGGAUUCAAUUUGAGAGCCCGAAGUUUUUGGUUUAUUUCAAUUUUCAAUUUUCUACAAUUUUUUUAAUUAAAUUUAGUGGCUGAAUGGCAAAAACCGGACGAGCGGCUCGAUCGGCUCGAACGGUUAACCGCCUCGGCCGCUCGCCAACCGCUACAUAAAACCGGAGCGGCUUUUAGACUGUUCCGAGCCGGUUUUGUGACCGGGUGGCAGUUUUACCGGUCGGGCCGAGCGGCUCGGCUCGACUUUAAUAACACUGCUGAAAACACUAACGGAUCAGCCAAACUCUCUUACGCAUAUGAUGGAAAGACAAGUGAUGGAGCUAGGUUGAAACUAGGAGGAAGAGUUAUUCUACUAACCGCAUAAGUUGUUAGUAUAUACUAACUAAUAUCUAAAAUGUAUGAACUAGUAUUCAAGUCUAUUGAGUCUAUGAAAUAGUACUAAACUAUCUAGAUAUCACAAACUAGUAUUCAAAACAUCACAAAACUAGUAUCCAAUUCACAUAAUUAGUAUUCAGCCAAUCAAUUACCAACUAAUAUCCACAAUCAAACCAACUAGUAGUCAAUAUGGAUACUCUUAUGUGUUAUCUGGAUACUAAUUAUGUGAUGUAUGGAUAUUAUUCUGUGUUGUCUAGAUAUUAGUUUGUGAAUUUUGGAUAAUAGUUGAUUCAUGGUGGAUAUCAGUUAACAAACCUUGAAUACUAGUUUGUGCUCUCUAGAUACUUUAGUACUACUUCAUAAAAACAACAGACUUAGAUACUAGUUCAUGCAUUUUGGAUAUCAGUUAGUAUCUGCUAACGAAUAUUCAAGUUAGCAUAUUAACUUUCUCGAACUAGGAGGAGUUGUAGCCCCCCCCCCCCCCCCAAAUUUUGAAGGGGAUUGCUAUUCGUCGCCCUAAAAAUCCUUAUUUGUCGUCCUAAUUAUAUUAAAUUUACUCCAAUGCCCCUAGUUUAUCUUUUGUUUUUCAAACACUUAACCUUAAAAGUUGAAACAAAUAUACAUCCACUUGUCUGACAACCUCACCGGAGGACCAAUUAUCGUCAUCAACACCGGAAUUUUUGCUUAAUGUUUCACCAAUCAAUGGUGCACCAUCACCACCAAAUAAAAGAAAUGAAGAAAAUAUAAAAAUUACAGGGGGCUUCUUACCUGCUUCAACCUGCCCGCUGGGAAUAUAUAUAAAAAAACAGCUUCCUCCUUCUGCUUCCUUCUUCCUCGACAACAGGAGCAGGUCAGCGAAUUGGGGGGAAUCGCAGCCAGCAAAUAGAAUGACGGUUGGUUGGGGGAAUGGAGGUGCGGCGGGUUUGGAGAUCGGCAGUGGUGGUUGGAAAUCGGCAGUUGGCGGGACGACACAGGUGGUAGGGAUUAGGGAAAUUAGAGUUAAGGGUAUAAACGUCAAUUUGUCAUGGUUUAGGGCGAUUUUUAAAAAAAUUUAGGGCGACAAAUAGCAAUUCAGAAUUUUGAAAUAUAAGUAAAAUUAUGGGUAAUUAUCAUAAACGGUCACACAACUUGUCACUUAGUACAAAACGGUAACUAAAAUUUAAUUUUGCAUGUUUUAGUAAAACAAGUUUGGACGAAUACCAAAUCGGUCAUUCCAUCCAAUUCCAUCCAAAUAUCUGUUAACUUUGUCCAGUCAACAUGUCAUGUCACUUAAAAUAAUAAUAAAAUAAUCAAUAACCAAAACAAAUUAAUACAACAAAUCCAACCGAACACCGUAGCUCCUUAGACUAACUUUAACCCAUAAAGUUACAUUUGGCUCCCCAAAUAGUCAAAUAUGAUUUUUGCCUCCACAAAUCCCAUUUUCACUUCAAACCUACAAAAAGCUAAAUUUAGCUUCCUACCUCCCUUUUUUCAAUUUAUUUCAAUAAAACAUACUUAUUUGAAAUCUAAUUUUUAUAUUUUACUUUAAUUUUUUUAUAGUUAGUUAUUACUUUUGAAAACAAAUUUUUGAUGUAGUUUUUUUUUAAUUCUAAGACAAAAAAAAAGUUUCGGAAAAUUAAUCAUUAUUUUGUUACCAUUAACUUCGAUGCCAAUGAGAAAAUAUCAAUUAAACAUACAACAUUCCAUAUCUUCUUUCAAACAAUUAAACAAACAACAUACACAAUCAACCAAUGAAAAAAUACCAAACAAAGAAAAGAAAAAGAAAAAUAAACACAAACACAAUCAACCAAUAAGACAAUCUUACCGAAAAAAGCAAAAUAUAAAAAACAAAGGAGGAACCGCCAUGGGUCCACCAUUUACUCUAGCCAAAUUUGAUUUUUCCACUCAUUUGGAAGCUAAAUUUGGCAAUCUUACCGAAAAAAGCAAAAUAUAAAAAACAAAAGAGGAACCGCCAUGGGUCCACCAUUUACUCUAGCCAAAUUUGAUUUUUCCACUCAUUUGGAAGCUAAAUUUGGCUCCUAAUUCACCAAUAUCCAUUUUUAGCUCCCCAAAAUUAUGUGGGUUGGAGCACAAAAAAAGAGCUAAAUAUGGGUAAUUGGCUUUUUAGCUCUAGGGUUGGAGUUAGUCUUACCCACCCACCCCUCGAUUUUACCCUCAUCUUCUUCCUAAAUGCACAAACGAAAGGUGAAAACCAACUUUGCAGAAUUAAAACAGAGCAACAGCUCAAUCAAUUAUGCAUUAUCGCCAUCCCUCCAGUUAGAGGUGGAAAUUAGGAUCCAAAUCCAUGAAUAUAAUCCAAUCCAUCCACCAAAUUAUCCACCUAAUCCAAUUCAUUUGAUCCAAAUUCAAUUGGAUUGGUGGAUUAAUGGAUCAAUCUAUGAAUCCAAAUGGCAAAUUAUGAUUUGAUACCUAUAUAUGUUACAUUUUGGUACCUAAAAUAGUAAAGUUUAUAUUUUAUACAAAAAAAUAUCAUUGAAAAUUACAUUUUGGUACCUAAAUUUUUUUAUUAUGACAUUUUAGUACCUACACUUUUCAAAAUUUACAUUUUGAUCCAAACUUUGGAUUUCAUUUGGAUUCAUUGAUCAAUCCACCAAUCCAUUUGAUCCAAUCCAUGAAUCCACCAACUCAUUUAAUCCAUAUAUCCAUCAAUCCAAUCCACCAACCUAUGAAUCCAAUCCAUUUGCCACUCUACCUCUAGCAUAUGCAUACUCGCCACCUUUGGUCAUCAUCACCAACAUUAUGCAUCAUCACCAUCCUUCAUCAUCAUUUAAAACACUACCCAUCGCCAUCGGUAGUCAACUAGUCAUCGUCGCCAUCAAAGCUUCAAUUGACCAUGUCGAGUCUUUGCGGAGAGCCGAAGCUUCAAUCGACCGUGGCGGGAUUAACAGGGAAGAAGGUGGUGGGGGAACUGUGACGCAAAGGAAGCGAAGACUCACUGGCGGUAACCCAGAACCCAACGAUGGCGCCCUUCUUCUUCUUCUUCUAACUGAGAGAGGAGGAUUCGGUGAGCGAUGGGCGAACUCCGUUGCUGCUCAAAUCUGCCUCUCUCUCCUUUCAUGCUUCGGAAAAAAAAAGUCGUUGACGCUGUUAGAGAGCGGCGAUUUCAAGCUUCCUCCUUCUCCAAUUCCAAGCUCCCACCGAAGCUUCUGGAUCUCAUCGAGACAAAUCGAGAUUGUAGGAAUUUAAUUUCAAAGCUUUGGGUUUCUUCGACGAAGAAGAGAGGGGAAGGGAUCUCUGAGCUAGGCUAUUUUUGGCAGAGUGGAGCGGAUCUCUGGGUGAGGCGAUUUCCGGCGAAGGAUUCAACGUUGAUUUACACCCGCCAUCUGGGUUCUUCUCUCUGCGUCUGGGUUCCAGAGCACGAACGCCCUGUGGAAGAAUAUCUUAUGUUGCCUUCCCUUUAUCUAGCCAGAAGCUCCGGUUAGAAGAACCCGCCUUUGCUUCUUCCAUUUUGUCCCAAAAUCUGCUAUUUUAGGACGAAGGGAGGGGAAGAAGAUGGGCAAUCGCCAUUCCCAGCUCGGGAUCCGUGGGGGAAGACAACAAAGGGAUGAACCCUUCUUAAUUUGUUUGAUUUGUUUUUUACUUUUUUUUUUUAUUAAGAGGAGGUUGUAAAGCCAGGGGAAUCAAAAAAGGAGUACAAACCUUACAAGGCUUCCUGCAGCAAAAAGCCAGGAAACAGAGUAAGGCUAAAAAGCAAGAACAGAGACGAACCCACUACAUGAGAACAACUAAAUAGAAAACCAAACCCAGCGAAACGGAUCACAAUUCUCCUCUCGCAACACUAACCACCCUUCAUGGGAAAGAGACUCCUAUGAUAUCUUCUAUGAUGGAGCCUCCCCAGCUCGUCGGGAAGUUCAGUCGAUUUAUACGUACCAAAGGGUAGACGAGAUUGUGCUUCGAGAGCCAAUCCGCGACUCUAUUUUCUUCACGGUACGUAUGCACCAAUCUAACCACCCAAUCACGAGCCAUCAGUCUUCUAAUCGCGUUAAGAAUCGUUGAAUGAGAGUGGUUGUUAUCCUCUUGAUUGUUUAUCAAAUCGAUCGUCAGUUUGGAGUCAGUUUCAAUGAUUAGGAAUCUGGUACUCCUAUUACCCGCAAACAGGAGCCCCUGGUAGAUCCCCCAUAGCUCCUCUAGGAUAGCAUAUCCUUGACCAAUUUUACAGCAGAAGCCUCCCAUCCUGUCACCAUCUUGAUCACGUAAACACCCUCCUGCAGUUGUCAAACCUGAGUUACCCUGUGCUGCCCCGUCAGUGUUCAAUUUGAGCCAACCCUAUGGUGGUGGAAUCCACCCGAUCAACUGCUCUUGUCUCUGAGGUCGGCUAGUCUCCAAACUUCUCUUCUCUGCUGCUUCCCAAGAGGAAACCCAGUCCUUUGCUUUCAAGGUAAUGUUAUUAAUCAAAGAAGCGGUUAUCCAAUUCCCCAGGCCAUAUUCCUCGAUCAACGUUCUUUAAAUUCAUGUUGAACCAAGUGUCAUGAUCUGCAUCAAGGAACCCUUGUUUCAUCUGGACGGGCAGAACCUUCUCCCAAAACUUCCUUAUUGGUUCGCAGUCCCUUAAGCAGUGUAUCGUGGUUUCAAUCUUCGCCUUGCAGAUUGCGCACUUAUCAUCCGUUGUGAGAUGUCUGAACUUGCGAACAUUGUUGGUCGAAAUUUUAUUCUGCACAGCCAUCCAACAAAAUAUUCAAACUCUCUCUGAGCAUUGAAUUUUCCAUAUAUGUCGCCAGAUAGAGGAGUUGAUUAAUUUGGUAUGACAUACUGACUUUUUUUUUUUACUUAUGAUAUGCUGACUAGACAAAAAUAACAGAAUUUUUUAUGGAAUGAUUAAUUUGGUAUUCGUCCAAACUUGUUUUACUGAAACGUGCAAAAUUAAACUUUAGUGACCAUUUGUACUAGUGAUAAGUUGUGUUACCGUUUAUGAUAAUUACCCGUAAAAUUAUACAUGUACGUUUUUCAAAAAUUUAAGAAUUAGAAUAGUCGGUGAGCCUUUAAAAUAAAAAUAACUACAAAAACAGUAAAACUACAACUAAAUUACUCCUAAUACUUAACUUCUUAUUCCUGAAUCUAAAUCUAAAGAAUAUAAAGUGGUAGAGUUUUG